CAUAGCGUGUGGAAUGGAUGAAGUUAGCAGUUGAAGUCGUUUUUUGGGAUUACUGAUUGCCAAAUCACAAAGUUAGAUGAUAUACAUAUAUUGUUGCCCUAAUAAUUUAUUAUAACUUGGAAGUAAUUUCAAAUUGUAUACCAGGCAAAACAGUUUCUGAAAAUGGGUGAUGCAUUGCCAAUAAAUGUCGAUUUAGUGAACGAUGACACAGAUGUAGUGAAUCCCUGGACAGUUACUAGCAAAUCUGAUAGCGGUGUUGAUUAUGAUAAAUUGAUCAAACGCUUCGGAAGUUCCCGUAUUGAUGAGUCGUUACUAACACGACUAGAGAAUGUUGCCGGUAAACCAGUUCACCCAUUAAUUAAGAGAGGCAUUUUUUUCUCGCAUAGAGACUUACACACUCUUUUGAACAUGAAAGAAGCUGGCCAAGCAUUUUAUUUGUAUACAGGCAGGGGUCCAUCAUCGGAGUCGAUGCACGUGGGCCACCUUGUGCCGUUUAUAGUUACCAAGUGGUUGCAAGAAACAUUUGAUGUCCCAUUGGUAAUUCAAAUGACGGAUGAUGAAAAAACGUUAUGGAAAGAUUUGACAGUAGAACAGUCAAUGAAUAUGGCUCGAGAAAACGCCAAGGACAUUAUUGCUAUGGGAUUCGAUGUUAACAAGACGUUUAUUUUCGCAAACCUUGAUUACAUGGGACGAUGCUCAGCAUUUUAUCAAAAUAUCAUACGUAUUCAAAAAUGUGUUACUUUCAAUCAAGUUAAAGGUAUCUUCGGAUUCGUCGACUCCGACGUGAUUGGUAAAAUUGGGUUUCCUGCCGCACAAGCAGCUCCUGCCUUUUCCACUACUUUUCCUUUUAUAUUUGGCAAUGAUGUACUGCCGGUUCUGAUACCAUGUGCAAUUGAUCAAGAUCCGUAUUUUCGAAUGACAAGAGAUGUGGCUCCGCGACUUGGUUUCCCGAAACCAGCACUUCUACAUUCAAGCUUUUUUCCUGCACUGCAAGGAGCUAAAACAAAAAUGUCUGCAAGUGAUGAAAACUCGGCUGUUUUUCUUACAGACACACCAAAGCAAAUAAAAAACAAAAUCAAUAAGCAUGCAUUUUCUGGAGGAAGGCCAACUUUGGAAGAGCAUCGCGAAUUGGGAGGAAAUACUGAUAUCGAUGUUAGCUACCAGCUUCUCCGUUUCUUUUUGUACGAUGACGAUAAAUUAGAAAGCAUUCGCAUUGCUUAUAGUAAAGGACAGUUGCUUAGCGGGGAGCUCAAGAAAAUAGCUAUAGAAACACUUCAAUCAAUUGUAUCGGAUCAUCAGAAUAGACGAAAGGAUGUAACUAAUGAGAUACUAGAACAGUUUAUGGCACCUAGGAAAUUAAAUUAUAACUUCAAGGAAAUAAAAAGCAAAUAGUACUGUAUGUUAUAGAUAGCUUAUGUACAGAUCAGAUAAUACGCUGCAUAGUUAUUCUAGCAGUGUUCACAUCUAAUAAUUCUGUGGAGUCUAUCGAAUGGAACAGUAUUGCUGGCAGUUAAAUAACAAUAUCGCUUGAGCUUACAAAA